GAGAAGCAGCUGUAGGGCUCCUUCCCGGCUGGAGCCGCCGGAGCGGAGCAACCGGGCUGCCGGCGAUGCCCGCGACCCCGGAGCGAGCAGGGGCGGGCAGGGAGCCGGCCGACCGGGGCACGCAUCCCUGCCGCUCCGCCUGAGCCGUGCCCGGGCGGCUGCCAGGCUGUCCCUGCCCGGGCUGUGCCCUCCGGGCCGCUCGCCUGGGCCUCCGGCGCCAACGGGAAGAGCCACGAAGGACAAGAGCUGCAGAAACCCUGGCAGCCCCGGACUCCGGGGGGCUCCACGGAGAGACCCUUGCCCCCCACGCCACCUCCUCCUGGCUGCAGCCCGGGACCUGAGCCAGCCCAGAGGUGCUGGCCCGGGGUUUGGAUGAAACCCUCCGGAGCGAAAUCCCGCAUGGGAACGUGCGUGGACGUGGCAUGCCGGUAGCAGCCGGCUGCCGGGGCUCUGGGGAAGGGACACCAGGCCCGUCACGGUUGGUUGUUCCCCGGCAGUAACGGCCCUGCAAUCAGAGCUGUAAAUCAUUACAGGGAAUUACAGCGCUCGUACGACCGCGAGCAGGAUCAGUCGGUGCAGAGCCGCAGGGAAGGGAAGGGCCGGGCGAGGGCAGGGCUGUAAUCCCCAGCCUGGCACGGGUCAGGGCGCUCAGAGACGUCGUAGGCUUUUGGGCCAUGGCCAGGGCCGGGGGCCAGAGCGUCCCGGCUUGGAGCCAGCCCGGGGCUCCGUCCCAGCGCAGGGGACGACGGCCUCCUCCGCAUGGUACCACGUUCCUGCUGGCACGGGCGGCCGAUCGCGGAGGCCGGGGAAACUCCGGCAGGAGCACCAGGGCAGCGCGGGGCCAGCCUGGGUCCCGCUUUUGCUGGCGUGACGUGAGUUGCUGACCGGUUGCAGGCGCGUUUUGGCCACUGGUGGAGAGGCAGGCGCAGGCUGGAGGCCCGGCCGGGGCUCUGCCCCCACCGGGCUUCCCGCCGGCCGGGCCAGGGUGAGACGGCGCGGAGGGGGCUCGAGGACGGGGGCUGCGCUUGGCACGGGUUCAGGCAGGCCGGCGCUGUGGCCACGAUGCUUCAGAAGCGGCUGGAGCCGCAAGAAAAGUGUCCCUGGCCGGGCCUGGCGGGUUGCGUCCCAGCUGCCUAAUCCGAAGCGGGCUGCAGAAAUCCGCCCUUUGCAAACAUGAGGCCUCCGGGCUCCGCGUGCGGCUGGGGCCGGCUCCAUUUUCCUGCUCCGCCAGGACACUACGGAAGCAGGCAGAGGAAGGACGAGCAGCCCCGGGAGACCUUCUCUCCGGGGGCAAUUUGGACCAAGGUUGGAUGAAAGGUGCCGGGACUCUGGAAGGGGCAGAGCUGCGCGGCGCGUUCCCGGGGCCGGUGCCACGGGAGGGAGGAAAUCCUGCUGGAUUAGAGCAGCUUUCCCGACAUCUCACCAGGAGCUUUGUGCUGCCUGCUGAGCCAGCAGGAUCGGGCUGCGGCUGCCGCCGCGGCCGGGCCCCUGGCGGAGAGGAGCGUUUCGGGGGCCCCUUUUUGCAGGUACCAAAACGGAGGCGGCAGCAGGCUGACGGUGUGGGUCGCACGCAGGUGCUGCCCCGAGGAAUGGCUGCAGAUGUCCACAAGAAGAAAGGCUGGGAAGUGCCCAACGGAUCGCUGGCGCCGGGAGAUGGGCAGCACGCCGAGCGGGCCGAGAGUCCUACGCCGGGGCUGGCGCAGGGCACGGAGCCGGGGGCGGGCCAGGAGGGAGCCAUGUUUGUGCACACCCGCUCCUACGAGGACCUGACAAGUCCCGAGGACGGCGGAGCGGCGGCCCGGAGCCCGGAGGAGAGGCCGGGUGAGCCAGCCGAGCCCACCAGCAUGGAGCAGAUCAGCAAGGACUUCAGCGAGCUGAGCACCCAGCUCACAGGCAUGGCCCUCGACCUGGAAGAGGAGAUGCGGCAGAACAAGGAGGGGAAGCUGGAGCCGUCCCCGCAGGCCCCCCGCCGCGACUCGGUGCUCUCGGGCAAGGAGGAGGAGGACGUCACCUUGGACGCCUGGCGCAUGCACCGGAAGCACGUGUUCGUGCUGAGCGAGGCGGGCAAGCCCGUGUAUUCCCGCUACGGGUCCGAGGAGGCCCUCUCCAGCACCAUGGGGGUCAUGAUGGCCCUGGUGUCCUUCCUGGAGGCCGAGAAAAAUGCUAUCCGGUCCAUCCAUGCAGCAGAUGGCUACAAGGUGGUCUUCGUGCGGAGGAGCCCGCUGGUGCUGGUGGCGGUGGCACGGACUCGGCAGUCAGAGCAGGAGAUCGCCCACGAGCUGCUCUACAUCUACUACCAGAUCCUGAGCCUGCUCACCUGGACCCAGCUGAACCACAUCUUCCAGCAGAAGCAGAACUACGACCUGCGCAGGUUGCUUGCCGGCUCUGAGCGCAUCACUGACAACCUCCUUGACCUCAUGGCCCAUGAUCCCAGCUUCCUCAUGGGCGCUGUGCGCUGCCUGCCCCUGGCUGCCAGUGUCAGGGAUGCUGUGAGCACCAGCCUCCAGCAAGCCAAGGCCAAGAGCCUCGUGUUCUCCAUCCUCCUGUCAGGGAACCAGCUAGUGUCUCUUGUCAGGAAGAAGGACCAGUUUCUCCACCCCAUCGACCUGCAUCUCCUCUUCAACCUCAUCAGCUCUUCCUCCUCCUUCCGGGAGGGCGAAGCCUGGACUCCCAUCUGCCUCCCCAAGUUCAACUCCAGUGGUUUCUUCCAUGCUCACAUCUCCUACCUGGAGCAGGAAAUGGACCUGUGCCUCCUGCUGGUCUCCACUGACCGCGAGGACUUCUUCACCGUCUCCGACUGCAAGCGGCGCUUCCAGGAGCGCCUGCGGCGGCGGGGGGUACACCAUGCCCUGCAGGAGGCCCUGCGUACCCCUUUCUACAGUGUUGCCCAGGUGGGCAUUCCUGACCUCCGGCACUUCAUCUACAAGUCCAAGAGCUCUGGGCUCUUCACCAGCCCCGAGAUUGAGGCACCCUAUGUGCGGGAGGAGGAGAAGGAAAGGCUCCUGGGGCUCUACCAGUACCUCCACAGCCGGGCUCACAACUCUUCGCGCCCCCUGAAGAACAUCUACUUCACGGGCCCUCGCGAAAACCUCCUGGCUUGGGUAACCAGCGCUUUUGAGCUCUACAUAUGCUACAGUCCCCUGGGGACCAAGGCUGGUGCCAUCAGUGCUGUCAACAAGCUCAUGAAGUGGAUCCGCAAGGAGGAAGACCGGCUCUUCAUCCUGACACCCCAGACGUACUGACGGGCAUCGCCCACACGUGGUGCCAGCUGGGGGGACCCCUGCUGGGCUGGGGCACCCAUCCCUCGAGGCACCCCGGACCAUGCCCAAUCCUCCUCGUGAGCAAGGGGGAGAGGGCAUGGAGCGACCCUGGGAGAGCCACCCGUGGGACCGUGAAACCUGGGUGUUAGAGAUGGGGUGCAAAGCUGCCUGGGGAAGGGGUGAGCAGGGCUUUUGCUCAUCUUCAGGCAAUGCCAGGGGGGCUCCAGGGGGGCUGCCCUUCCUCUGCUGCCUCAGGGUUGGUGCCUCGCUGUGGGCAUCCUGGAGCGGGGCUGCAGGUGCCCCCUUUGCUGCUAGAAGAGAGCUGAGCCCCCCAGGUCCCACAGCCUGUGCCUGGCACCCUCCACGCACUGCUGUCCUGCAGGGUGCAGCUGUGCCGAGGGCCCCCUGGGCAGAUGUGGCAGAUGUGCUGGGGGGCCCCUGUACUGCUGUGCUCGCAGCGGACAGGUGACAGUGCCUAGCUGGGGACAAGGCUGUCCCUGGCCCUGGUCUCCUCGAUGCCAGGCAGCCCUGACCGUCCUGGAGCCCUGAACCUGGCAGGCUGGCCUGGAGCCACGGCUACGAGAAGGGCCCGAGUCGUGCCCCUCAGAAGUGAAGGACCCGUGGCCUGGGCGCCGUCUGCCACACUCACGUUGUCCUUGGGGAUGGCAGGUCAGCUCGAGCGCAGCCCCCUAGAGACCCCGCUGGCACGGGGCCGUGGCGCUGCAUGGCCCAAGAUGGUCUUCACCUCCAUGCGGGAGCCCAAACCCAGUCCCUCCAGCCAGCUGCGCUGGGCAUGUGCGGCCAGGCUUGCUGCCCGAGGACCGAAGCCACCUCUGCCCCGGCCAGCCGGGGCCACGGGCCCAUGAACCCCAUGGCAUGCCGGGCACGGCUCCGAGGGGCAGGGACCGGCCUCCCUGCUGGGGAAGCCCCCUGUUCUGGGGCUGUCUGCUGAGCACUGGGGCGGAGGUUCGGGGAGGAGGGCGACCACAGAGAUGCCGAGGGAGCUGGGAAGGACCAGGCAGGGCUAGCGCAGGAACUUUGGCUCCUGUAUUUAUGCUCCUGCCAGACUGUAAUUGCUUGUUUUUGCUCAUAAACAUUAUCUGGACCCAGAA